CGGCGGCACCGGGCGCUGUUCGUUUCCCGGUUCCGUGGCACGGCGGCACCGGGCGCUGUUCGUUUCCCGGCUCCCGCGGGGGCGCUCGGGACGCGGCGAUGCCGGAGCGGGGCGGCGGCGGCUCCGAGCGCGCCGCGCUGGCCCUGGCCCGGCUCUCCGAGUGGGCGGACGCGCACCUGGGGCUGCUGCGGGGCCUGAUCGCCGGCGCGGCCGUGGCCGGGGUGCUGCUGCUGGCGCGGAGCCUCCGCGUGACAACAAAGUUCACAAAUCCUUUGGAUAUACCUGUGGAGUUUGUAGAAAAGAAUGUGAAAUUGAGAGGGAAAUUACAUCACAUCACAGAGAAGGGCCUGGAAGUUGAGCACAUUCCCAUCAGCAUUCCUUUCAUCUCAGCCAUCCAGAGAAAAUGGCAGCCACAGGGGCUCCUGCUGAUCCGCCUGGCCGGGGUGGAGCUGGCUGCAGGUGGCACGGCCUGGCUGCAGCGGGAGCUGCUCCCCAAACAGCCCCUGUGGUUCCAGCUCCUGGGGAGGGACAGCUCAGCCCUGGAGUGCCUCGUCCUGGUCCAUAAGGGUGGAUUUUUCAGCAUGUGCUUGAACGAAGAGCUCUUGAGCCAAGGGCUGGCCAGAGCAGCCCGGAUUGAGGGGCUGCCUCACCACUCCCGCCUCUACUGGAAACUGCACAAAAGGCUCCUCCGGGCUGAGUUAAAGGCUGUGAAGAAAAAUAAAGGCAUAUGGAAAGAGCAGAGCUACUCUGAAAGAGUCCAGGAGCGCAUAAGCAGCAAUAAAUUCCUGCAGAGGCUGAAACAGUUUGUGAGCUGGGUUAGAAGCUCUACUGAGAGGUGAAAAGGUGGGGAACACAGCUCCCCAGGUUGUGGGGAAUGUGUAUGUUUGUGAUCACAAACAGUGCUGUGAUGUUGAGGGUCCCUGUCUCAAACACAAACCCCACAGUUCAUGGUUACACAGAAUAUAAACCCCCAGUUCAUGGUUAUUUAGAAUGCAUCCCAUAGCAUAACCCACAUGGGAUUGUAGCAGUGUGCAGGCCACCAGUGAAAAUGUUCUGAUGCCAGACUUCUCCACAGUGAUGUCCUAGAUUAGUUGUCCACUUUCCCCCCUGCUGAACUCCUCCAGGCUGUGCUGCCCAGUGCAGGUGUGAGGGGCAGGGUCCCCUCACACCUCUGCAAUGUGCCAUUGCUGCCAAGCCCACACUGGACACAAACCCCAUGUCAGGCCUUUACAAAGCUCCUGGGAUGGGUUCAAACACAACCUUUUUGUUUGAAUUCUGUUCUCAUGCUACCUUUUGGUGUAAUUUGUGGUUUAAAACUCAUUCAUCUUGAAUGAUGGGUUGCAUUGUUAGUGAUAUAAAAGGUGAUUUGUUAUGGUUGAUCUCAAAAAGGUGAUAAGGCUGUAAUAACUAAAGUUCCUCAGGGGAAAAACAUCACUUGGUGUAUCAAAGAAUAUAAUGUCAGGAAUCCAAAUAUUUCAAAGAGGACUUUCAUUUGAAGAGGAAAAACCUGUGUUGUUUUUUUCUGAUGGUUCUGUAUCUAAUGUCAGCUGAAUAUAAAACUUUAACAUGAAAUUUGACAAGGAGGAUCAGACUGUGCUAAGAACUUGAAUUCUUGCUUUAUUUUUGAUACACAUGUGAAGUAUAUGAGUGUAUUACUAUUUAUAUUGUAAAUAUUCUCUGAAUAAAGAUUGAAUUUCUCAA